AUGAAAGCCACAUUUCCUCCUGGGCUUCAUGGCACGAGCUUCUGGAGCAAAGGUAUGUAUUCUUCCAGCGACGUCUGCCUGGCCGGCUGCACUGCAGAGCAUCUGCCCCCCAGUCACCCUGACCCACCGCCAUCAAAUUUAGGUGGUUUUUACACCUCACACAAGGACAGCAAGAACAUCAAGGGGCUGAUUCACAGGAUUGAAAACACUGCUUCAGGUUUAUCGUGUUCCGUCCCGGUGGAGUAUAAUCUGUCCACAGGGAGCACAAGAACACCUUUGUCUCCUGCUUUUUCCAGUCAUUACGACUGGAGUCUCAACAGCGGCCAUCAAGCCAAGCGUGCCAGAGUUGAGAACAUCAUCAAAGGUAUAACCUGCACAGAUGUCGUGCCAAAUCACCACGAGGAGACCGGCUGCGUGCAGGAGGGAGAAGAAAGGGUCGAAGUGUCGGCUUUACAUCAGAGACUCGUGGAAACGAGUGGAACUGAAAGCCUGAGAGAAAGCCACCGGCACCUCAGAGAGGUUAGGACGAAAUUCAGUCCCAUCUGCAAUGAUGAGAAGUUUCCCAGAUGGAGCGUCUCAUCUGAAGCAUCUACAGACGAGGUACUUUCUAAGUCCUGCAGCGACUCUGAAAGCAGUCCAGGUAAAAUUCAUCAGGAAUGGAAGAAGGCGACGCUAGGCCACCUCGGCUCCAAGCCGGAUCGGGUGAAGCUAAUGGCAGACAUUUUAAAGUACGAGCUGACCCGAGCUGUGAGCAGGAGUGUGGACUCCAUUUUCAAAAGCAUGCCGCUUAUACAGACCCCAGCUGAGAUGGAGACUUCAGAAACUACUCUCCCUCCUCAUUUGGCAGAGUGCAUGGAGGACAAAUUAAGAUGUGGGACAGCAGAGGUUCUGCUCCCAGACGUCCAAACAGAAGCUCUGUCUCUGGUGGUCCAAAAGCCAGAGCUGGAACGGCCGCGAAACUUCAUCCUCCAGUCUACAUCGGCGGCUCCUCUUACCCCCAAAUCUCCCAUCUUCUUCAGCAGUGAGCCUGAACAAGCAUCGGAGCAAGACAACAUCACACACCAUCGACGGUACGGUUUUAACUGUUUACCGGGUGGAUGCUCUGAAGGCGGUGAGCAAAGAUUGGACACGUAUUGGAAUUUGGUCAAAGUGAAAUCAAAGGUCACCUCCAGAUCUGUGAGAAGCCCUCACACACACACUGUGCCGGUGGAUCAGGUGAUUCUUGAAAGCCUGCAGCUCCCGCAUGUGAAGUUAGAACCAGAUUGCUUCGAGAAAAAUAACCUCUAUAUGUUGAACGAGUGUCUGACAACAAACCACCUGAAGAAAGCAAAGCUCAUGUUCUUCUACACUCGCUAUCCGAGCUCAGUGGUGCUGAGGAUGUGCUUCCAUGACGUGCAGUUCACACGCUGCAUCACCUCCCAGCUCAUCAAGUGGUUCAGCAACUUCCGGGAGUUUUACUACAUCCAGAUGGAGAAGUUUGCCCGGAGCGCUCUCCUGGAGGGGGCGGCCGACGUCAGGGAUCUGACUGUAAGCAGAGAAUCAGAACUUUUCAGAUCUCUAAACAUGCACUACAACAAAGCCAACGACUUCCAGGUUCCUGACCGAUUCCUUGAAGUGGCUGAGAUUACACUGAGAGAGUUUUACAUUGCAAUUUCAAUGGGCAAGGAUCGCGACCCAUCCUGGAAGAAGACAAUCUACAAGGUGAUCUGCAAGCUGGACAGUGACGUUCCACCUGAAUUUAAAAGUCAUCACUUUGGAUGAACAUCAGCCAAAAAGGCAUCUUGUGCCACAGAGUGGACUUACUGAGUAAUUUAGUUUUAAAUGGGAAAAGAAAGGCAAAUAUAUGAACGGUAAGUAAUAUGGAUGUCAGAACGAAGAAGAGUAAUGGUUGAUUAUGUAGCUUCAGCUUCUUACUACUAUACAAAAGCUACCAACGUUAACUCAGUGAGUGAUCUUAAAUGUUUUCUGUAUUAAAAGGAAAUCUUUAACAUGUUAGUUUUGAACAUCUUUAGGUUACCUAAAAAAAAAAUAAAAAAAAUAAAAAUCCAGAUUUGUGAAGGACUUUCUCAAAAUGCACACAAAACAAGGUCCACACCGGAGAGCAAAAAUAUUUAAUAUUUAACAUAGAAAAUACAUUUUAUUUAGAUGAAUACAAUUUCAAAACUUACUCCACAUGAUUAAAUCUAGCACAUUUACUUCCCAUACUUACCAUAAGUCCAUCAGGUUUGAUUUGUUCCGUUGGUACUCGGGCAAAAUGUCUCCAGGAGAAAUGCUCUUUGCUCUUCUAGCUUCAGGGAAUCCAGGCAGACGAAUCCAGAUUAAAAUCCAGAGUGGGAAAAUUCAAACCCUGGGUUUCCUUCAGUCUUCGAAGAGUUUAAACAUGGAAAAGAAAAAUGUUGAUAACACCAGUCUUUUUUUUUUUCUAUUACAUGUUAAUAAAUUACACACAAUAAAUGUAGCUACCCAUGCUGAAAGAAAGUGGGGCCUCCUUCUAACAUUCUUACUAAGAAGCACUAAAUGACCUGACCUCUCAGUUUUCUGGAGACCAACCCAGGUAAAGUCAAAUCUCAAAUUCCAGUAUUACCAAAAGGUUUGUACUUUUUGUAUUUCAGUAAGAGAAAUGUUGUGACCUCUUUAAGUCUGCAGACUUGACAAGUUGUCAAGCAUAGAGUAAGUGUUAGUCAAAAGGUCAGUUCCACAAAAGUUGAUUGCUCACAAAGCCCCGUUUCUAGGCAUAUUAAUGGAAAGUUGAGCUGAAUGAAAGUGUGGUAGGAAAAAAAGCGCAGAAGCAACAGGGGUAACUUUAGUUUUUAGAGAACUGUGAAGCAAAGGAUCUUUCAGGAGUUUGGGGGAGAUUCACAAGAUGUAGAGAGAGUCCAGAGUUGGUUCUUCAAGAGCCGCCAAAUAUACAUAUUCAAAAUAAUGAUCUAUGACAAUUCCAGUCUUUCUGCUAAACCACUCCUGAAACACAGACAUCAGAAGAGUCUUACCUGGGCUAAGAAAAAGUGCAGGACUGUUGUCGAGUGGACUGAAUUAAAAUGUGCUAAUUUGGAAAUCAAGGUCCCAGAAUCUGGAGAAAAAGUGAAGAGGAAUACAAUUGAAGUUGCUUCAGAUCCAAUGUUACGUUUCCAGUCUGUGAUGACUUUGGGUGCCGUGUCAUCUGCUGGCGUUAGUCCAAAAUCAGAGCGACCACCUGACAGGACAUUGUAGGGCACUUCAAGCCCGCUUCUUUCGAAAAGGCUUAUGAAGACGGUGAUUUCACCUCCCUAAAGGAAUUCACAUCUGUUCACAUUGAACUGAAUUUUAGUUUUCCUUAUUUUAUGCUAAGAAUACGGAAAUUGGCAAACUACACUGAAACAAACACUGCCUGGCCAAAAAAAAAAAAGUGAUAUUUUGUUUGACCACCUUUAGCUUUGAUUACGAAACACAUUUGCUGUGGCAUUGUUUUGAAAAGCUGCUGCUGUAUCACAAAUUAUUUCCAUUAUCUUUUCACCAAGAUCUUGUUUUGAUGUCCGACCACCUCUCAAGGCCAGCAUAUCCCCAGGAUUCUCAAUGGGAUUAAGGUCUCAACUGCAUGGUGGCUGAUCCAUUUGUGAAAAUGAUGUCCCAUGUUCCCUGGACGACUUUCACAAUUAGCCUAAUGAAUCAUUGACAAAGGUAUAUUUCAAGAUGACAUCAGGGAGGAAAAACUUCAUUGACAAAAUUACUUGAUUAUUCAGCAUCUUCAGGUACAGCUGACCUCAUAAUGUUGUGAACCUAAAUCUGACCAACCCUGGAUCACAGGGCUGCCCCCAGGGGUUUGUACAGUACACACUAGGCAUGUUGAGUGCAUCACUUCAUCUGCCUCUCUUCUUACCCCGAUGUGCCCAUCACUCUGGAAUAGGGUAAAUCUGGGCCCUUCAGACUACAUGAUCUUCUUCCAUUGGUCCAGUCGUCUUAUUUUGCUCCUUGCAUAUUUAAGCCUUUUUCUCCCGUUAGCUUCAAUGAUUAAUGGUUUUCUUAUGGCUACACAGCUAUUGAGUCCCAAUCGAAUGGAUUCCCUUUGCAUUGUGCACAUAGAAAUAUUUUUACUGGCAUUUAAUAGUUUUUAACCCAUUUUUAGUAGUUUCUCCAAUCUCACUAGAUGUUUUCUCUGCUUGGUGCCAGUGAUUUUCCCUUUCUUAAACAGACCAACAUCUUUUCCACAACCACGGGAUGCGUCUUUUGACAUGGUUGUUUAAGAAAUGAGAAGCUACUCAUUGCAUCUUUAGGGGUUAAAUAACAUGUUACCAUAAGAGAUAAGUGAGCAUGCACGAAGGAGGUUCAACGUAAUUACUUGUUUUGGCAAAAAAAAAUUUGGCCAGGUAGUGUAGAAUUUAAAAAAAAAAAAUUAAUAAAAGUAUAAAUUUGAUUAAUGAAUUGAAUUGCUACAAGUAAAUAAAUUUUUCAAUAUGAAGUUUAUGAUAAUGGAUUGAAACAUUCUGUAUUAUUGUUUGAUAUCUGCUAUUUGGGUGUUAGCAUUUAUACGUAUUAAGACUAACGAGAGAAAAACAAAACAAAACAGGAAAACACCAAUCUGUGUAGAUCACGGUUCACCUCAUGAUCACAAACGUGCAAAAAUACAAUAUGUUAGCGUUCAAACAGUACCUCUGAAAUGUUAAUGACACUGAUAUUUCUUAUGACUCUUUCGCUGUAAAAAAGGUAAACCAGUUCAGUUGAAACAACUACCAUAGGACAUAAUGAGUAGUAGCAGUUCAAGAAGGUGGUAUAGUGGAAACUAUUGUUCAGCAGUGGGCAACUAAAUGCAAAGAAUUUUCCAGAGACUGAAGGCAAAUAUGUGUUCAAAAGCACAUGUCUACAUAGUGCAUAUUUGUCCAUAUUUCUGUCGUCAGUUAAAAUCCAAGUUUAAUUGGAAUAAAAUUAUUGGUGACUACAAUUAUCACAAUAAGUCGGUAAUAAACCUUUUCACAUAAAAAUUUAAGAUAAAAAUUAUGCGGGGUUUUUUUCCAAAAUAGAAUGUUAAAACAGUAAUGAGCAAUAAUCUGAGUUACUAUUGCUCUUGAGUUAUUAAAAAGGUCAAUUUUAAACACCAAAGAUAAUUCCAAAGAUAAUUUAUCCCCUUAUGCAUUUCUUGUCCUUCCCUUCUUGACACCUAAAAGUUUUAAUAUUGGAUCAACAUAACCCAACAAUAUUUUUACCUCAAUAAAUGAAAUUUUAAUUGUUUUUUUUCCAAUUCCAAUUUCAUUUAUUAUGGGAAGAAAUAUUUUUCCAAACAACCUGGGCCUUUGUGCGGCAGUUAUUGGCCACUUGCUCAAUCAUCAACAAUCCAUUAUAAGAGUAAAUUUCCUUAUAAUGGAAUAAACAAAUAAUUAAAAAUAAACAAAAAUUGCAAGUAUUUUAAACUGGGCAAAAAGGUCUGAAAAGGCAAUGUAACAUGUCCUGAUUUAAAUAAAAAAUUCAAGAACACUUAGCCAAAGUUAUUGGUAUCCAUUAGUCAGGAACAGGUUGCAGAGCCGUUUCUAAGACUAUAGUUAAAUCAAUCACCAACAAAUAUAGAAAACAUGAAAUAGUGGUGAGUUUUUCAUAUGUUUAUGACCUUAAGCUCAAGCACACUCUGAUAAUGCAGCAGAGUAAUGAUCCAAAGAACACCAUCCAGUUUAAAUACCUUAAAAAAAAAACCCAAAAGUAAUAUUUUUGGAAUGUUUUACUCAAAGUCAGACUUAUAACUCAUUCGAAAUGGUUUAAGUUUAGGUCAAUUCAUACUCAAAAGCACCAUUUACUCAAGUUAUUGUCUGAUUAAACUUGAUUGGGUGAUCAGAAAAUUCAAAAAAGCAAAAACAGAAGUAAUAUGAAUUGGGGAGGGUUACUUUUUCACAGCACUGGAUGAAAAGUAAUAAGUCCACUGUUUAUUGAAAGGAAUUGGCUCCUUUUUACUUUAAUAUUUUCACCACCACCUUGUAACAUGCACUGCCAAUGAACUCUAAGGGUGGCAGUUACAGGAGAUGGGACUUAAAGAUCUUUAUUAAUGACCUACUUCCAUGUUGGAUCGGUUUAUAUAAAAAUAUAUACAUGUUCAAUUUACAAAAAUAUUCAUUCGCAUAACAGGGAACCUAGACGAACAAGAGUUGAGUACAGUUGAUAAUCGUCUUAGUCUGGAGAUUAUGACUUCAAAGCCAAAACAUAAAUGUACAGAGACGAGACUUUCAUUGUAGAUUAGCAAUAAACUGAACAAAAAGUCUUGCCAAACACAAAGCAACACAGCCAAUUCUCCAAGCAUCAUUAUGAAACCCCACUGACAAAUCUUAUUAGUUUAUAAUGUUGUGAACCUUUUAUUUUUCCUUUACAGCACAUUGACUAAGAAACAGUGUUACAGGUAUACAGUACAUGAGGUAUAAAACAAGAGAAAAAGGUAAAAGAUGCCUGAAUACUUAAACAAAAUAAGCACAAAUUAUUAACUACAACUCAUCCCAGAGGGAAAAAUGUGUUCUUUAUAAUUAUUAGUGAAGUGACAAAAAUUACUGAUAACUGUUGGGAAUAUUGUACUGACGAAUGUUUCACCGUCAAGGAGCUGGAGCAUCUUCACAUUCUGGGCACCUGUGGAAAGCAAAUAAUGUUAUUUAAUGAUAGACUUGUUUACAAUAAACAGUAAAGGUUAAAAUCUUAAGCAACAACAAGAUCUGUCAUACUUUCACAGCUAGCAUCUAACAUUACAAUUGCUCCCCAUCAACCAAACAACUAUCAGUUGAAAGGAAAGGCCACAGAUACACCAUUAAGGGCUACAGAUAUUACACUUUUUCAGUAAAACUAAGCUGAUUGUGCAGUUUCAUCCAAAGUAAGCUUUCAAGACAACUCAACUGUCUUUAAAUUGAGAAUUUGCUGCAACCCACAGGAUAAAAUACACCUAUGGUAGGAAAGUGCCAUAUAGACUUCUAAUAAAGUCCAUAAAAAACAUUCUUGGGAUAAAAGAUACUAGUCUUUACAUUUUGUUUUUUAGGAUUUAUAAAUCAUCAUCUAACAUUCUUAAA